AUGGAGCUAGAACCCUCGUUGUCUGCCAUGGUUGGUUCAUGUAAUGGUCUGGUUUGUUGCUUGGUAAAGGGAAAGUCCUCUCUUGAGCGCGAUGCCAUCUACAUCUGUAAUCCCGUUAUAGAGGAAUAUGUUUAUCUUCCAACACUCACUUACAACAAAGCAUGUAAUGGUUAUUUUUAUUAUGGAUUUGGUUAUCAUCAUUCCACCGAUGAGUAUAAAGUUGUUAGAAUCUACUAUGGCGAAGUUGAAGUAUACACUUUGGGGAGUGGUCAAGGGUGGAGACAUAAAGGAAGGACUGAACACCGUUUAGAUUAUAUCUCUGGUGUUUGUGCAAAUGGCUACCUUCAUUGGAUACAGUACAGGAAAAACGAAAUUGUGGCUUUCCACUUAGCAGAUGAGGAGUCCCGAUUGAUCCCAUUCCCACCGAUUUCUAUGAUUAGGAGUUACAAAGUCGUUUAUCUUCAACUAAUGUUCGGAGGGUAUUUGUGUGCUGUUCAUAUGGACGUAGGAGAAGAAGAUAUAAUUGUUAACGUAUGGGCAUUAGGGAAAAAGAAAAAGUUUAACAGAAGCUAUGACACGGGAGAACAUGCAUUCAACGAUUUCUGGGGAUGGAACAAAAAAUUUAGUAUACCAUGUGCCAAGGAAGAGUAA